AUGGCGGCGACCACUUUGACGGAAAUACCAAACGAUAGCUCGAAGGAGUUGGCGGCGUAUGACGUGGCUGUUCAAGCGGUCGAAGUCCAAGACCCUCAUCAUGGCACCAAGAGAGGUCUGAAACCGAGGCAUGUUCAAAUGAUGGCCAUCUCAGGUGCGAUUGGCACUGGCCUCUUCCUUGGUACGGGCACGACGCUCGCCAAGUCUGGCCCCCUCAGCUUGUUCCUAGGUUACGUGGUGUACGCCGGGCUUUUCCUUGUCACCUAUAAUGCUAUGGGCGAGAUGGUGUGCUACAUGCCCAUCGACGGUUCCUUCAUCCGCUUCGCAAACAAGUUCGUCGACGAGUCAUUCUCCUUUGCAUUUGGGUGGCUGUAUAUCUACAACGCUUCUGUUGUCGUCGCGGCGGAGCUUGUUGCCAUUCCGGGGCUGAUCAAUUACUGGAACACGUCGAUCAAUAACGCGGUGUGGUGUGCCAUUGGGCUCGCAUCUUAUAUUGGUCUGAACGUCUGCGGCGUGCAUAUCUUUGGCGAGGGAGAAUUCUUCCUUUCUUCUUUCAAGGUAUUUCUGAUCAUUGGUCUCAUCUUUUUCGCAUUCAUCACCAUGUGCGGCGGCAAUCCUACCCAUGACGCUUUUGGUUUCCGCUAUUGGGUCAACCCUGGUGCCAUGAACCAGUACCUUGUAGAAGGAUCGACGGGCCGCUUUCUCGGAUUUUGGUCAGUGUUCACCAACGCCGCAUAUGCCUUUGGUGGUCCAGAUUACAUUGCUCUCGCUGCCGGUGAAGUCAAAUCUCCCCGUAGGGUGCUUCCGUCCGUGUUCUCCCGGGUUCACUAUCGAGUGACCCUGUUUUACGUCUUAGGUGUACUAGCCGUCGGCGUUCUUAACCCUUACGACGAUCCCGCCUUGACGUCCGCCGCUGCCGGCGGGGGAUCCUCCCCCUUCGUUAUUGCGGCUCACCGUAUGGGUAUUCCUAUAUUGCCUGACAUCAUCAACGCUAUCAUCAUGACAUCCGCUUGGUCCUGUGGUCUUGAAAUCACCUUUGCGGCUUCGCGAUCGAUCUACGCCCAAGCUCUUGCUGGCCAAGGUCCGAAGUUUUUCGCGCGUACUUACAACGGCGUCCCAACUGCAGCUGUGUUGGUAGUCUGCGCGGUCGGUGCGCUGUGCUUUAUGGCGACAAGCAAUGAUGCGUCUGUCGUAUUCACUUGGAUCACCAGUCUGGUUGGGUCUUGCACCUUUAUCGUCAUGGGCUUUUUCAACCUCACUUACCUUCGAUUCCACUACGCCAUGCGGGCCCAAGGGAAAAACAGAUCUGACCUACCCUUCACACGACCAUUCCAAGUCUAUCUGUCUUGGGGAGCUAUGUUUUUCUUCGCGAUCCUGUUACUGACCAAUGGAUUCGCCGUCUUUAUUGACGGUCAUUGGUCCAUACGAGACUUUAUAUUCGCGUAUUUAUCGAUUCCUGCUUUUGUGGUCCCUUGGAUCUGCCACAAGCUAUACACCAGGCAAUCCUGGAAGCUUGCCCCUCUGGCCGACAUUGACCUGACUACAGGGAUUGCCGAGAUCGAGGCUUUAGCGGAGAACGAAGCCCCGUUGUCGAAUACCAGACUAGCCCGCUUUGAGCGCUGGCUAUGGGGAUGA